UUAUUGGAUGUUAUGUUAUUCUGCUGUGGACAAAGAGCUCUCGAAAUUAGGUGGUCUAAAUGGUUCACCGGGCUGAUUAUUAUCUGCCCCUUUGAAUAGCUUAUUUUUCCAUCGGUGAAAAGACUGUUGGUGAACCGAUUCGACAUCUAUGUGGAACAUUGGAAACAGUAAUCUAACUAUUGGAGGAGAGAAAUAUGAGCUCCAUACAGUGUCCUAUUACCAAUGUUCCAGCUAAUUCAAUGUGUGCUUGUGUUCAUUCUGUUUGGCUGCAUGUUCAAAUUCCUGCCAACGGGAUUGCUUAUUCACACAUGUCUUUUAUUCCAUUUCCUGUGAGCAAUACUGAAAAUCAGUUCCCACCUUCCCACCUUCCCUCCCUUGAUCCAAAAAGCUCUGAGGGCUUUUCAGUCCAGUAAAUGUCACUCAUGAGAGCUAUCAAAGAUGGAGGAGGGCUUUGAAGCCCACACAAGUGCCACUUCAAGAAUCAGCACCAUGAAGACCCGACUAGCCUGCCUAUCCAACAAAUCAGACUCCUACAGCGACUUCUCCGAGUUCCUGCCUCCAGCCCACGAAACCACUGCCAGGUGUCUGAAAGUUUCAACGGAUGAGGUUGUUCGGUGGUCCGAAUCGUUUGAUCAUCUCCUCUCUCACAAAUAUGGUCUGGCUGCCUUCCGGACAUUUCUCAAGUCGGAGUUCAGUGACGAGAAUAUCGAGUUUUGGAUGGCUUGCGAGGAGUACAAAAAAAUCAAAAGCUCAACCAAGCUUGUGUCCAAAGCAAACAAGAUCUUUCAGGAGUUCAUCGAUAUUCAGGCCCCCAGAGAGGUAAACAUUGACUACCGCACCAGAGAAAAGACCAAGCAGAGCCUGGAGGACCCGUCCCCGACCAGCCUCAACGAAGUCCAAGCUAAAGUCUACAGCCUCAUGGAGAAAGACUCUUACCCACGAUUCCUCAGGUCCAAGAUGUACCAGGAAAUGAUAAACCGGGCGAACGCUCAAGGUCAGCGGAGGUCUGUUUGAAUCUGACGAAGACCACAGACGAGGUCAAACUGGACCUACACUGUAAAAUCCAGAGUUAACCCUUUGACAUCAUCUCUGAAUACUGUGAAUCUGCAAGGGUGGAUGGGGCGACAAUGCUUGACUGUUUCCUUUGUCCUCACCAGCUCCACGCAUGCAACCUCUCUAGAAACCAAGUGUCUUGGUGGACUGCACUCUUCAGUACAGAAGAGAUUUGAUGAGGAUAAGCUAAUUGUUUUACCUCCAGUUAGUGCUGGGCGAUAUGUCUUUUAAAGAUACAAUCACAGUAAAAAAAAUGACCUUUACGCGAUAUAUUACGCGAGUUAUAUUCAUCACACACUAUUUUAAGAGAUAUCAGAUACAGCCAAUGCUCGUUAAAAAGAAAAUGUGUGUACUAAAAGUAGGCUUCUGUGUUCAUUUAUUUCAUCAGGAAAGAAAUAUGUAGGGAGAUAAAUAUCAUUACGGUUUGAUCGCCCAGCACUACCUUUACUUAUCGUCAGUUCUUUAGGAAAUAGACACCGUCGUAUGCAGGUGGCUAGAUCAAUAGGGUAGUUUGUGUGUUUACGUUGAACAAUGAAAUGAGUGAACACCUAUUAUCUGAAACUGUGCCAAAUUAGAUUGCACUUAGAUAUUGAUAUAACUACAUAAUCCUGUGUAUUGUAAACUCUUGCAGGUAUUCUAUGUGUAUGAGUAUAAUGAAGGGUUGGGUUUGUUUUCAAUUCACUCCUAUUCGGGAAGCAGAAACGUGCUAUCAUCUGUGAACUUGUUUCUGUACGUGUGUGUGUGUGUGUGUGUGUGUGUGUGUGUGUGUGUGUGUGUGUGUGUGUGUGUGUGUGUGUACAGAGUGCAUCCUAUCGGAACAAUCAUUCAUUGACGACAAGGAUUAUCUGAUGAUUUAUUAUCAUUCAUUUUUUCAGGCCAAUGUCAUUGGACUAAAAUAAAAAAUGUAAAUUGCAAUUUAUUACAUAAUUAGUUUGCUAGAAUGUACCGCCUAAUGAGCAUGCAGUGCUUCAUUAAACUAGAUAUCAAACAUUGGCCUCCUGCUAGUGGUGAAUUGAAAGCGACAGCCCCGACCCCCAAAUAAUCUGUUGAAAAACGUGUUGUGCAAAUUUCCUAAACAAUUUUCAGCAUGAUGCAAUACUCUGAAUAACUAUUUUGAUAUUCUUUUCAACUUGAAAAUGUCUGCAAAAAAUUUCAUUAACAUGACACUGUUUGAAAUGUGCUCCCUCGGCAUUUGCACUCCUUUUUUUAAAAUAAGACAAUUUGAAAAGAUUUCAGGGAAGACAAAUAUUUUUCUUUAUUGCAUGUGCACCGUAAAGGUCAAGCUGUUUGAAAUGCAACCAAACUGGCUGAAAGGCAUAUCACCCUAUAUGGUAUGUUACUGUGUUCCACAUGAAUGUAACCUCCCCGCUAUAUUUUGAGAUUAAAAAUGAAUCUGCAUCUA